UCCUUCCUUGGCUGUGCUGCCCAGCUGUAUUUCCUCAUUUUGUUGGGCAGCAUUGAACGCCUUCUCCUGGCUGCCAUGGCCUAUGACCGCUACAUAGCCAUCUGUGACCCCCUGCACUAUACCCUCAUCAUGAAUCGGGGGCUCUGUGUAAGACUGGUGAUGGGGUUGUGGGUGGCUGUUAUACCAGUGCAGGUAGCACAAACCUACCGGGUGUUCACUUUGCCCUUCUCUGCAUCCCAUGACCUUCAUCAGUUUUUCUGCGAUGUGCCCCCUUUGCUGGAACUGGUCUGUGCAGACACUUUCUGGAACCAAGUGACACUGUACACCGUUAUACUGGUUUUUGUAAUCCUUCCCUUUUCCUUGAUAGUCAUUUCUUACACUAAGAUUAUCAGGGCCAUUCUGAAAAUGCCUUCAGUUCUGGGCAGACACAAAGCCUUUUCCACCUGCUCCUCACACCUUGGCGUGGUCACUCUCUUCUAUGGCUCUGCCACAGUUGUCUACUUGCACUCUGUAGAAACUGACAAAUACUUUGCCCUGAUUUACACAAUUGUGACACCUGUAUUUAACCCUGUCAUUUACAGCCUGAGGAAUAAGGAAGUGAGAAUUUCCCUGCAGAGGUUCCUAUGGAAAAAGUGA